AUUUAUAUACCAAAAUGAACUUAACAAAACAUAGAUUCUUAUGACAAUAAAGUUUAUUCAAAAUGACCUCCGUGAUUUUGAAUACAGGCCUUCAAUCUGCGCGGCCAGUCGUCUAUCGUAGCACGAACGAGGUCCAUGUCAAUAUCGGCGGCUGCCGUAAUCAAGGAUCUCUUGAGUGUCUCCAAAUUGGUAUGAGGCUUUGAGCACGCCUUUUCCUCCAAGUGUUGCCAUAUCUUGUAAUCUAACGGACUCAAAUCUGGUCUGGAGGAGGGCCAGUCUUCGUGCCGGAUGAAGUCGAUUUCACGCGCCGCCAGCCAGUCUUGUGUGCUCUUCGCUCUAUGAGCUGGCGCUGAAUCUUGUUGGAAUACCCAGUGCCUGUUAUUGAACAUGGUAUGAGAAACAGGUUCCACAAGGUUCGUCAGGACUGUAUUUUGAUACACAACUGCAUUCGUUUUUACACAUUUCUUACAAAAAUGUACCUCUGUUAAGCCCCAAUAAGAAACUCCCAACCAUACCAUGAGCGAGGAUGGAAAAUGACCUUUGGACACGCGGAAUACGGUUGCUCGCUUCUUCACUACUGUGUGCGUACACCUUAUCAUUUUGUUUGUUGUAGCUCUCUUCUACGGUAAAAAUUUUUUCAUCCGGAAAAAGAAUUUCCCGAUAUUUUUUUCCCGCGUACCGCUUCAACAAAGCGCGGCAUCUCUUCAGUCUCAGGUCCAUUAGACGAGCAUUCUAACGAUGUCCUGUUUUUCUUCGAUAUGCGCGAAGCCCAAAGUCUUCAUUUAACACCCUUUUCACCGUGGUUCUGCUUAACCCCAUCUGAAGGGCCAACAGUUUCUGCUUACGUUUGGGAUUUCUUUGAAUUCGCGCCUUCACAGCUUUUAUCACUGCUGGAGCCCUAACAGACCGAGGGCGACCACUUCUUGACCUGUCAUCUACACUAGAGACUUCAUUGUAUCGUUUGAUGGUACGAUAAACGAAUCUUUUGGUCAUAUUCAAAGGAGAUUGCUCAGCUUCCAUACAUGUUUGGCCUAAAGACCAAUAAUCAUGAAAAAUUGUUUCCUAGAUUCGAAAUUAUAUAUAAAUUACUGUAGAAACAAAUAUUAUUGACGGACACCCCUGAGAACUUCUAUAAACCAUAUACACUGAAUGAUUUUGAGGUUAUGUUUGCAAAUAGGUACAUAGGUAUUAAAAUAAUAAAAAACAAAUAAGUUAUAUAGCACACUAGGGAAAUCAAACCGAAAUUAUGUAUUAGAUUCAGGUAUAUAAAGCAUGUAGAUUAAUAGAUAGUUGCCUGUUUUUAAAGUUAAUGCAUAAGAGUUACUUUUAAAAUCAGGUAUCAUUUAAGCAUUUCCGGUUAUAAUAAGGUACUCUGUGACAGAAACUGUGUAAUAUUUGUGAAUGAGCCACAGAUUAAAGAGAAUUUUUAAACUCUCGUUAACUAAAGAAACCUUAUUAUUUUUGUUAUGUUUAUAUUAUAACCAUAUUUUAGAGUUUUAGUGUAUCACACCUUAUAAUGUGUUUAUGGAGGUGUUUGGCGAAAAAUGUAUGGCAAUAGACUUCAUUAUAUCGCCUACCAUCUAUAAUAUUUGUCUUAGCACAUUUGCAUGUAGUAAAAAUGAUAAUAUAGUUGUGGAUAUUAAUACAAUAGUGUAAUAAAAAAAAGUUUUAGUUUAUCGAUCUUUACAAAAUAGAUUUGUUUUGAUGUUAUAUAAACAACUUCGAUCAGUCUUUGGCUGAAUGUUACUACACCCAUAGCCAUUAAAAAUGAUUCGUAUGUUUUCCAAACCGGUAAAAUUAAAAGUCCUUUUUUAAAUUAAUAUAUUAUACAAAGGUGUCCGUUAAAAUCUAAUGACUGUAAAAUAAAGUAUAAAUUACGCCAAGAAUUACCGUAUAUGUCAAUAUUUUUUGUGCAUUUCGGCCAAUUUGAGCAAUCUCCUUUUUCAGUAUGUCAAAAAUUUGAAUUGACGCGUAACCGCAACGAUGCAACGCAAUAACUGCAACACGGUCUUCUUUAAGCGUCCACUCUAUAUCUAAAAAUGAGUAAAAUUCUAAAAAGUAUACAUUUUUAUUUUCAUGAACAAUUCGAAAUUCGAAUUCAAUAAACUUUUUUGUGACCAGCAUUCUAAAAGAAAAGUUUUUACUGUGAGACAAUACUUAUGACCUGACUGAGUAUGUGGCAUCUCACAUCUUUACUAACUUCACAAAAACAAUUGAACAGUGACAAAUGGUUCCGAAGGUUCCCAUGAGCGCGAAAUUGCGCGCGCUUUCCUGACUGACUGUGCCAAACACACUUCCGAUUCUUCAAGAAUUCUAAAUCUGUUCCAUAGAUACUUUACAGGAAAAUUAAAAAACAAAUAAUAAUAUGUUACACAGUCAUAAAAAAAUCAAGUACUAUAAGGGCAACGUACAAGAAAUUCUAUUCAAAGGGCUUGCUUGCAUUUCCGAAGGAAAUAUUUGAUCGUGCAGGUACAUCAGAGAUCAGAAUUACACUGAACUUAUUUUUUGUCUAACAUAAUGUUAUACCAAUAUUUAAUUUAUUUGUUAUACCAAUAAUUAAUUGAUUAUGAUUUAACAGCAGAUCUGUCAAUACUAUAAAUGAAUUUGCAAUACCGUCUUCCAUCGAUUAACCAUUUCAUAUGACCUUUAAAUCCAUGCUUAAAGCCUGCUAAUUAAUUUCGUGUCAGAAUAGGGGAAUAGAAUCCGUGUGGCUCUAUGUCAGAAAUGCUAAAAGUACCUGCCACUUUUUAAAGUUAAUUAUCCGCAUUUGAAUGUUUGCUCACAGCAAAGGUACAUCACAUAGCUAGUGAAUGUUGGUGUUGUGGAGAUGGUCGAAUUGUUGCAACUGGGUGUUGCAACCGGUCAUGCGCUCAGUUCGCCUCUCCAAUGUUGUGAUGCCAAUACAACCCACUUACAUAUUCUCGCUGACAGAAAGGUGAAUGGGAUAAAUUCUAGACCUAAUAAUACCCAUAAUGUUAUGUAAAACCACUAAAUCAACUUUCGGAUGAUCACAUGACUGUUAUGUGUAUCAUUACAUUCACGCCGUUAAAUCUUAUGGCAGCAGAAAUAUACGUAUAGUUUCGUCUCAGCAUGUUUAGUUGGGCCUUGAACGUGGUCCGGAAACAAUAUUGACAGGUUGUUGUUCAUUGCCCGUUGCCUUCAAUAUUUUUUGAAGCCUUACCCGCCGAUAAGUUUUUAAAUUAGCUGAAGGAUUUUGAGAUUUUCUAAAACCUUUAGAAUUUCGAAAAUUCGUCCCUAAAGGGAUGACAACUUAUAAUGUUUAAUUUUCUUUAAAACACAUAUUUGAAAAAUUAGCAGCAAUGGACAAAGAUAACAAAACAUAUCCCAAAUAAGUGGUACCUGACCAAUUCACGAAUUUGGGGUUCGUUUUUUAAUAAACUGAAAUAGAUUUUGAUUAUGAAAAUCACAUUUUUCAAACAUACCAGUAGAACGAACACGAGAAGAAGUCAUCAAUCAAAGCAAUUAACUCCAUCGACCCGAUGUUAGAUCGUAUCGUAAAAUGGAAUAUUUAACGACUACUAUCAUUAUGUCCUGCCUAUGCGACAUUUUGAAGUGCUAUCAGAAAUGAAAUCAGAAGGUGGGUAACCUUUUUCCUUCAAAGCCGGUAAGGGAAGAGUGGUGUUACCUUUGUCGCUGUAUAUGGCCAUGAGCAUCAAUAACCACCAACCAUCCGGUAGACUGGCAGCUACUUUGCAUGCGUAAAAAAAAUAGAGCACAGCACCGAUUGCAUCUUAAUCUCCAUAUCAAUUAAUAUGGAUAACAGCGUAUAUCCACGUGUUCAGAAUAAAUACCAGAAAAGGCCGCAGAAAACUAAUUUGUGCAUUCUAAAAAGAAGCUUGAAAACAAUAGUUAAAGAGUAUUGUACACAAUCGUCCAUAUGUGGUCUCAAGCAUUUAGUUGACGAGAACACUCCAUAUAUUGAAAGAAUCAUAUGGAAGAUUACCCUCAUUGGAGCAUUGAUAGUUUCCGUAACACUCGUGUGGUUUACUUUCACCAAAUAUUACUUUGCUCCUUUGGUCACCACGCAAAUGCCCGAUGGAAAGCCCAUUGAUAAAAUUAUUUUUCCUGCCGUUGGAAUUUGUAGUAACAACAGAAUUAGCAAGCGCGCCGUUGUGGAAUUGGCGAAAAAGUUAUUGAACGAAGACCGCAAUAGUAAAUACAGUGAAAAGGAAAUGAUGUCGUUGUUGUUUGGACUCGGUCAAUUCUACAAUGUGGUUAUGGUGAACAGUAAUUAUUCAACGACAGAAACCCACGAGGCUCUGGGCCAUUACCAUGCCAACGAUCUCUUGAGGAGCUUAACGCCCCGUUGCCAAGAUUUAUUGGUGCGCUGCGCCUGGAAUGACAACCCGGUGGACUGUGAUAGGUUAUUUGAUUUCCGCCUCACCAUGAAUGGAUACUGUUGCACUUUCAAUUACUUGAGGCAUUCCGACGAACUCUUCACUGAAAAGGAAAAUUCACAACGCAGUAUUAAUAUGUAUCAGUACGGUAACAAGUCCACUUACGAUUAUGAUCAAGGGCUUAAAGUGUUAAUACGGCUGGACAAAAGCGAUGAUUUUUACUACAAAAUACCAUCAGAAGGAGCGCAGCUACAAUUCUCUGAUUCAUACGACUUUCCCGAUUCUCCUAGUGGCAGUUUCGCAAUGCAGAUGAUAAACCCCAGUGUACAGAUGACGGUGUUGGUAACGGCCAGUUUCACAGAAGCGUCUAGGGACAUCCAACACGUGCCUGUCAAAAUAAGGAACUGUUUAUUCUACGACGAAUCUCCAUACCUGCAGUUCUAUACGUAUAGCGACUGUAUGCUGAAAUGUCGCAUGUUGUUCCUCCUGGAAAAAUGUAGCUGUACACCAUUUAAUAUACCCAAGAUGGCAAGUUCGCGGACGUGCGACCUUACAGAUGUUCCAUGCUUACAGUUUUAUGAUGCUCAAUCAACCACAGUCAGACCUCAGUAUAUGCACUUAGUCGCAGAGCUGGAAUUAGACUUGGUGGAUGGCGGGCUUAACUGUCCGAUGUGUUACCCGACUUGUUCUAAAACUCUGUACAACUAUAAUUUCUACAAUGUCAAUAUAUACCCGGAAGUAUUAAACAUGGACCCAGAUUCUGAUAGGGACGAGUGGCUCCGAGGUGCCAAUCUCACCGCAACAUCGAUUGUGCAAAUCCGAUAUGGCCGAGAGAUGGCCGAUUGUUACGGACAAAAUGUCAUUAUGAAAUGGUUCGACUUAAUAAGUAACAUCGGUUCUACUUGUGGCUUUGUGACUGGCUUCAGUUUCGUUUCCGUUUUGGAAUUCAUCUACUUCUUCACCGUGAAACUGUUUCGAGAAAUCAGGACUAAGAGAGGGAAUGCAACUGUUACAAACACACCUAAGCACAAACCAAUUUCUAUAUACAGACAGAUUUAUUGGAACGAACUAGCUCCUAGCGCAUGCAUUUAUGAACCUAAGUUGCAAAAUUUUAUCAAUUCCAAAAAGGUUACUUACAAUAUUUAAUAUAUCUUUAUUUUUUUUUCAAAAAAUCACAUGUCCUUAAGUAAUCCUAAUGUCAGAUAAAUAGCUUCCUUAAAUAGGAAGUUUUACUUAAAUAAAUUAUGCAAAACAAUAAGUUUCAUCAGUCAAUCAAAAUUCAAUCAAAUUAUAAAUAUCAAUCACGCGUAACCAAAUUAAAUAAAAGAAUGUACUUUAUGUUAGAUAAUUAUAUUAUAAUUAAUAUUGAUGAAGCGGUUUAAUGGCCUAACGUGAAGCGAUUGUGCAAACGUUAAAAAAAUACAUGACGGUAACUCACGCUCAUAUAUGCUUCUAAGUUAGUAAAAGGCUUCUUAGUUACAAUCAGCAAAAGAUCACGACUGUCCAUAAUAAUUUUGGUCUUUUGAUUUCGCUGACUGGUCCAAUGAUAAUUAUUUAAGAAUGGAAAAUAUUUAAAAGAUCCUCAAAAUAUAGGAAAUGAUAAAAAAAAUAGAACUGCAAACCUAAAGUUUAAGUUAGGAUGGCAGUUGUUCUUUUUUAGUGAUUAGUUAUUUUGAGAUAUUGGUACAUUGAUUCGAGUAAUGUUCAUAAUCUAUGGUCGAUUGGUCGCCUCCAUGGUCGCCUCUCUAAUCUAUAGCUCGCUCUCUUCCUGUUUCCUUAAAUAAAAUGGUCGCACGAUUUGAUUUUGAUUGUGAUUGAUUAUAAAAUAAAACAAGUGAAAUGAACAAAAAACUAUUGUUCAUCGUGAAAAACCCUGUAAUAACUUUUCAAUUUACUUUUCAUUUUUUUGAGGAUCAUUUCAACUUUCUGAAUGUUAUUGCACUAAAUAAGCACUAAACUGCUAGAUGUUUAAAUCUAAAGAAAAUUUUACUACAAAAUAUUCCACGCGGAUCAGGCAGCAAACUUCUGGUCCAAAAUAAAAUAAAACUAUAAUUGCUAUUUCUUCUUUCAAAUGUUUAAUAGAUGUAAAGGUAUUCAUUUGACAUUGUGGGUUACCUACAAUGCGAAGGGUCAGUACAUUCACCCGGAUAGCGAAGGGUGAGGGUUUAAAUCCCGUCUGCUGCCUGGUCCGCGUGGGAUUGUUUCUAGUAAAAUUUUCUUUAGAUUUAUAAAUAUUUUGAUUUAUGAAGAGAAAAUCAUUAAAAUAUUUAAGGAGCAAUAUGCGAGUUAUUACCAAGUUUUUGGUAAGAGAUAAUCAUUAAGUUCAAUAAAUACCUACCUAGGUCAGAUUUAUCGCCAAUCAGUGACUAUAUGCUACUGAGGUAUAAGGUUGUAGAUACCUACUUUACGUUUGUAACCAAUGAGUCAUAAUCAGAACAGAAAAUCAAGCACCUGUACGAGUUUCAAUAAGAUACAAUCUCUUUUAUAUGCUUUCAUGUAUUAGACUUGUUAUUAUUUGUUAUUAUAAUACGAUUUGUAUUUCGAAUUGUUUUUAAUUGUGCUGACGCACGAAUGUAACAUUGAUGUAUACAAAACACCUACUUAUAUUAAUAGAAAGA